CAAAAAUGGCGUCUUCCUAUGUUCUUCUCAGCAACCUGAGAGCUGGCCGUUGCUCAAACACGGCGGAGGUGCGUCUCCUGAGGUUCUGGGAAGCUCGGAACGUUCGUAAGAACAAUGAGCUUAUGAGUGUGGACCUGCUUUCCGGGGAAGGCUCAAUGAAGGGUCGCUCUAUUCUCUCAGUGGGUUCGACGUCGCUAGAAGUAACCCAAAAUUCAGGCUCUCUGACUCUCCGGUCUCCAUCCGCUUCGGUGAUGGAACUUCUUUCGAAGCAAACCCUGACUGUGAAAAGGAUAUUCCGACUGAGUUUUUCCGAUUCCGCAGUAAGGAGCAGCUUUUGGCUUCGGCAAACACCAACAGAGAACUCCCAGAUGUUGUUGGUGGACUAAUUGCCAUCAGAAGCACGAUCACCGACGGCCUCCGCGGGCCUCAGCGUGUAAUGGUGACUCUUUGUUUGGAUGGGGGCGUUAAUGUGUGUGUGAGUUUGUUUGACGACCGUGCUGUAGCUUUCCAAACAAAGUUUGACCAACACACCUCUGAGCCAAAGGUUCUGCUCUUUACAAGCAUCAACCCCAAAGUUGUUGGUGGGAAACUAUUCCUCAACGCAACGUCUGCUACCCACUUUUAUUUCGACUCUGAAACAUCGGUUGGUGAAAAACAUUAUGAGAGGCUGUUUGGAAAUGGAGCCAAUGGGGACGCUUCUACAUCAAAAGUGGUCCCUGCCCAGAAGAUAGAGCCUCUCACCGUUGCUGAACUCAACCAGUAUGUACUUGCUGCCGAACCACAGAAUAUUGAGUUUCUGUGCAAGGCCAAGGUUUCCUGUCUCCAGCAAGAGAAGGGAUGGUGCUAUAUUGGAUGCUCCAAAUGCGCUAGGAAGCUUCAGCGUGAUGAAACAUCCUUCACAUGUCUCUCAUGUGAUAGGCAAAACGCUACGGGUGUGUUAAGGUAUCGUGUGGAGUUCUCAGUAGCAGAUCAUACGGAUGAGACUGUGUUUGUCGCAUUUGACACAGAAAUGGCCAAGCUAACCAACGUCCAAGCAUCUGAGGCUGCGCAUAUUUUGGGUGCUGGUGUGGAUGCUAGAGUGGACAACGACUUUCCUCCAUUCUUGAAUGAAAUGGUUGGAAAGACUUUCACUUUCCAGCUCAGAUUGGGGGCGUUCAACUUCACUUCGAAGCACCAAGGCUUUACGGUCUCCCGUAUAAUAGCUGAGCACGAAAGGGCGCCGUUGCCAGUGUUCGAUAAUGAUGGGGAUGAUCAUGGACCUGAUGACAAUGAUGAUGACAAUCAUGGUCCUCAAGCUGCAAACAAGCAGAAGGUUGUUGAUGCUGAAAACGUUAAGAAGAAGGGGGCAAACAAGGAGAAAGUUGUUGAUGCUGAAAACGUGAAGAAGAAGGCACGCACUGAGUAGAUCAACAAUGAGUGCACAAUUCCCACCAGCUUUAUCCAAUAAUGCUUUAUCUUUUUCCUUUUUUUACUUUUAUAAUUUUGAACCCUCAGUAUCUUUCCCUUUUUUCCGUUGCCUAAGUAUCUUUUUUAUUGUCAUAGUUUUGAACUCUUUGCUUGGUGGAUGUCUAAACUAUGAAUGCAAUUUGAUCUAUUAAUCUUUUUCC